GAGGGGCUGGAAGAAGGGGGGCGAGAGAGACAGGCAGAGGAGCGGAGUUAAAGCUACAGGAGGCCUGAUCCGUGCAAGAACCGGGCUUCCUCCUGCGUCGGGGAGGAGCGAAGGUUUUGCGUCCCACCGACGGCGGGGAGGUUUGGGGAAGGCGCUCGCUCCCGGGGCGGACCUUGCUCUUGCAGUUGCCCCAGCAGCAGCAGCACCCAAGCAGAAGGGCACCCCCACCCACCCACCCACCCAAGCACCCAGAAGUGGCUGAUCGCCGCCGUCCGGGCAGCCUCCCGCGAUGGACGCGGUGCAAGCGGAGAAGAGCAGCGCGUACGUUUCGCCGCCCAGCCCCGACGGGCCUCUGGAUCGCGGCAGCCCCAGCCCGGUGCCGUCGUCGGGCAGCCGUAGCCCUAGUUUGCAGCCGGGGCCGACGGCGACGGGAGCUCCGGGCGAGGCAGUCCGCGACAGCUCUCAAGUGAACGCCAUCACGGUGCUGACUCUUUUGGACAAGCUGGUCAACAUGCUGGAUUCGGUGCAGGAGAAGCAGCAGAAGAUGGAGCAGCGUCAGGUGGAUCUGGAGGGCUCCGUCAAGGGCAUCCAGAGCGACCUGAGCAAGUUGUGCAAGCAGCACACGUCCACCAGCAACACGGUGGCCAAGCUGCUGGAGAAGUCGCGCAAGGUGAGCGCCAACACGCGCGAGGUGCGAGAGCGCAUGGACCGCCAGUGCGCGCAGGUGAAGCGGCUGGAGCACAACCACGCGCAACUGCUGCGCAGGAACCACUUCAAGGUGCUCAUCUUCCAGGAAGAAAACGAAAUCCCGGCCAGCGUGUUUGUGAAAGAGCCUGUUCCCAGUAUUACUGACGGGAAGGAAGAGCCUGUUGAUGAGAACAAAACUUUGGAGGAAACCUUGCACACUGUAGAGCUUUCCUCGGAGGAUGAAGCACCCCAUGAUGAAGAGGGGGCAGACGAUAGCAUGGAUGAGAAAAUCGGGGAGACGAGAGCUGAGAAAAUCAAGAGGUCCAGCCUCAAGAAGGUGGACAGCCUGAAGAAAGCCUUUUCCCGCCAAAAUAUCGAGAAGAAGAUGAACAAGUUCGGCACCAAGAUCGUCUCUCAUGAGAGGAGGGAGAAGAUUAAGAAGUCCCUCACCCCUAACCACCAAAAGUCCCCUUCAUCAAAAAGCUCAUCUUUCAAGGUCUCUCCCCUCACGUUCAACGUGAAGAAAGUUCGGGAUGGAGAUCCCUCCGCAGAAACGGAAGACAAGCCGGCAGAGGCUACCGGCAGUGAGCACACAGCAAACGAUGAGGAGACAUCCUUCACCGAGAUUCACUCCGACCUGGCCUCUCCCAGUUCUCUGGCAGAGGAAGGGAAAGCCUUUGCCGACUCCCUGGAAAAAGAAAGUGGGAGUGAAGGAGAUGCAGUGGUCAACAACAACAUCGAGCUCGCCAUCGUUGAAGAAGGCGAUGACUAUAGGGCUUCGCUCGAAAUCAGACAGGAACACUACGAUGAAAGGAGCAAACCGACCAGUGGGGAGAUGGAGCACUCUGACGAAGAACCAAGCCAGCCCGCUGUCCUCCACGUCAACCAAACUACAUAAAUCGCCUGAGCCGCCUUUUAUGUUUCUAAAUGCUUUUUUUUUGUAGUUACAUCAGUAAAACAGGGCUGUUACACAAUAAACAAGGGGCAACAGUAACCUAAGGUGGAGUGGUGGUUUUUGGGACAAUUAGGUUUCCACAAAAGGCUAAUUUCAUAAACUUGGGCGGGAAAUGAGGUAAUUUAAAGGCUGCGUUUUGAAGUCCGUUCCAACCUCUAUUGCACACAUCUAUUGGUUAUUGAUUUCAAAUUGCUGCAAUCAAUUGCAGGUGGAGGUGUAUUUAAACGAACCGGUAGAGGCAAAAGGGCAGCACUACCCUACAAAUUGAAUCAGGCUGAUAUUUGUUUCACUCCCACCCAAAGAAUCUGGGAAUUGUAGUUCAGUGAGGGUGCUGAGAAUUCUCAGAGAUUUUUCCGCUAAGGAAACUUCAACUCCCAGGGAUCACUGCAAAAAAAGGGGAGACUGUUAAACCUUUGGGCAUGAUUUUCGUCAGUGAAAAGCUCUCCUAAGUGCUAAGUUCAUUCAGAUGCGUUCCCCAGUAUUUUUUCCUAGCCGUGCGCUGCUUGGGAAAAGUGAGUUUACACUGCAAAGGACGAGAGCUGCCUUCCACUUUGCUUGCUGUGCCCUUUUGUCCACAUAACUGCUGACUGGGAGAGUGUGCUUGUACUGCCUUCUUUGUGAGUUAAUGAAGUAUGUGUUUCUGUGUGUGUGUCCCCGCUCGCUGUUUUUAAGCUGCGAACUGCGGGUGGUAAGCUGCGGGGAAGGGCUCAGUGACAAGAGAGCACAUGUUCUCCAGGUUCAAUCCUGUCUGAAACCCUGGAGAGCCACUAGCUCUCAUCUUUCACACACACACACAUAGGCACACACAUAGCACAAGUAGAAGGAGACACACAGGCCCACGGGCUCCCCUCUUCAGCCGAUCCUAUUGCUCCCUCUCUGCUCAUCUGAUGGCCGCACUGAUGACCAGGUAGGAGGCAAUUGGUUUCCUCAUCAGGGUGCUGGUCUCGUCCAACCCCAGCACUUUUUUAUUUUAUUUUGGCUGAUGCCACGACCCAAACUAGUAGGGUUUUGGAAGGUGGCAGAAUCAGGUUCCCUUAAUGAGGGAUUGCCCCUGAUGCUAGCAUUACUGAUGAGUUGGACCAGUGGUCUGAUUCUGUAUAAAGCCGUUUCCUCUGUGUGUUUUUCCUCCCUAUAGUAGUGUUUGUGCCGUUCCUACCGAUUUCCCCUCCCUAUAAAGUACUUAAGUUCAUUUCCUCAUGUUAAUAUUUGAUGCGACUGAGCCACCAGGAUGCAACACAUUUAUUUAUUUUUAGUGUUGACCUUGUGCAAGUUGGGGUGGUUAAAAUAAAAUAAAAAAGGAUUCCCAUAUGGUGGCUUUGCCACAUCAAAAAGUAAUAUGAAAAAUAGGCAUUUCGAGGUGUUGAGGACCUUUGGGUUCCCUUCCAACUCUACAAUGUUGUGAGAAUUGAAUCUUAGCUGCUUUACUGUUAGUAACUGCUGAGACAGAAUAGUUGGGCUGCUAACAUGAUCAACGCCAUAAUUGUCUUUGAGUUCAUUACUCUUGAGAAUUUCAUUUGAUCCGCCCCUGUUCUGCUCAGGAAAAUAAAAUAAAUAUCUAGCAUUCCUAGAACAGCAGUGCAAGUCUAUACGUAUCUACUCAGAAGUAAGUCCCAUUGAGUUCAGUAGCGUUGCAGCCCUGGUAUUUUAGUUGAAUGCAAUGGCAGAUGAUGUAAUAAGCAUCUAUUCCAUGGAUCUCCCCCUCUGUGGAAAAUGGUGCCUUGGCUUGGUGAUAUGAUACAUUUUUUUGCACAUAAACCCAUGGACAUCUGCAAGAUACAUGCCUUACCUGAAGGGACGGGCGAAGAACUCCUUUUCAGCUACCUUCCAUAUGCAAAAGUGGGUGGAGCAAAAAGAUACAUGUAAAUUUUAUCUCUGUACACAUACUCACCCUCUCAGCCCAUCAUCCAGACAAGCAUGAAGCAUUAUCAGAGAUCAAGGCCUCAUUCCAUGCAGGCCAAAAAGCAUUUGAGAGGGUGCAAAGCAUAGGUGCCAACUCCCAGACUGAAAAAUCCGGGAUCGGCGCGGCAUGGCACCGGAAGUCACGCUGCGGCCAUUUUGGAACUGGGCAGUGGCACCGGAAGUCGCUUCUACGCAUGCUCUGCCCAUUUCCAAAAUGGCCGCAGCACCAGAAAUCGCUUCUGCGCAUGGUCCAGAGACUCCAGACAUGCGCAGAAGGAGCCUCCCCGGGCCAGUAAGAAUCCGGGGGUUUUAAAAUCCGGGCUGCCAAUGGGAAACGGCUGGGAAAAUGGGGGUUUCCCGGGGUAUAUGGGAGACUUAGCAGCUAUGGUGCAAAGGAGAGCCAGUGAGGGCUGUGUCCUGGUGGGAGGCUUGAAGGACUACGUUCGGACCCCCAGGACUACGGUUCCCUUCAAUCUUAGGCUGGCUGCACUGGUCAGUUUAGGAUGAAGCAGCCUGAGUAAAGUACAGUGGGAAUAAGAUCUUGCUCUUGUAAAUUUUGACUCUUUGGGAUUUUUUAGACAGGGAGGCUGUCCCUGGGCACACCUGUCUGUUGGGAAAGUUGUACUCCUUCGUAUUUCAUUCAGUUCCACAGGAGAGCUACCACAUGUUGGGACCAGGUGAUAUGUAAGAGGUGAGGCAUGAUCAUGAUAACAAACUGGUUUUAUGUGUAAGCUUAGCAGUGUCUACAUAUGUUCCCUAGUUAAUUUGACUUCCUUUGUUCCAAGUAUGCUGAUUCAGUAAUGAAUGUAUAUACGCAUAAAUAUAUAUAUAUAUAUUAUUUUGUUCUAUUUUAAGAGAGAACUGUUGUUUUUAUUAAAAGAUGCUAUUCGCUUAAUGCAAUCUACUACAUCGAAAUGGCAAAAGGGAGAGGUAGGAUUGUAAUCGUGGAAAUAGAUAAUGAAACAGAUUCAUAUAUUUAUAUAUAUGGACCCAACUACUGUAUCGAUGAGUGCAAUUUGAGGGACAGAUUGCCAUGUUGCAAUAUAAUCUGAUAAAAGGAAAGAAAGCACAUGAUGGGGGGAAAAUAGAGGCUAGUCAGGUACAAACUAGACUAAUGAAGAACACACUUAAGUAGUACACAUGAACUAUUCUGGAAAUAUAUAUAUUUUCAUUCUACACCUGCACCAGAUGACAAGCAAGGGUAUUCUGAAAACUUCGCCAAUAUGUUAUUUUUAUAUGUGUGUGUGUACAGGAGAUGGCCACAUUCCAGCACAAAAUGACAUGUACCUUAACCCCUUUGAUUUUCGUGGGACUUGAGUAUGCGUAGCUGCAUUGGCCAUCGUCCAAAAUAUGCAGAUUGUUGAAAAACACGAGGAAAUGAUGACCCUCACACGUGUGGCAAAUGUCCAACAGGAUGGACUGACCCCAGUGAAUGCUGAUAAGGGCCAUUAAGUAAUAGUCUUGUGAAUGUAGACCAUCUCCAUAUUUUUGGACGUGAGCCAAAAUGCAUGAGGGAUUGUCAACACACCCUUGCCGCUUUUGAAAGUUUCUAGAUUUUCAACGUUCACUGUGAUGUGUAAGAUUUGUCUUCAGGUGGAAAGAUACGGUUCUUUAAAAGUGGGUGGAAUGUUUGCUUUUUCCGUGGGUGAUGUCAAAAGAGGUUACGUUUUGUUGCGUGUGUUUGUUUUGUGUACUGUGUGAAAUGAGAUAUCAAUGGCAAUUAACACAACCCACCGGGGAAUUUCCUCUGUUCAGGCUCUAUGUUAAUACCAUCAUGGUGAUACAUCUGCAAUAUUUUGCAUCUUGAAGUAUGUACUGGACUUGACAAUGAUACCGCAUUUGAAUUUCCUGCAAACGUUACGCUUUUCAACCAAAAUCUGGACUUCUUCAGAAACGGAACUGCAUUCCUCUUGCACCUUAUUUUCAAAUCCUCCAUUCCACUUUACAAUAACAAACGUAAAACAGCAGCAAACCUACUAGCGCCUGACAAUUGUAUUCUCUUUUGUAUGCAAUCUUCCCCCCUCCCCCUUUUAAUACUGAUAAGUCUGCUUUUACAUAAUAUUGCACUAAAGCGUUGCUUUUUUUUUUUGAAAGAUAUUAUUUAGAAAUGCAAAUUAAAGAAGUCUAAGAAAAUCUAUUGAUGGCAGUGAGCUAUUCCAUGUGGGGAGCUUCGCGCAAUCAUUUCUAAGUGUCACUGGAUGUUUGAUCAGAGUUGAUUUUUUUGAGCAGGGCUAUAGAUGGUUAAACUUUUUAAAAAAAUAAAUAAAUCAAUAUUACCAGAGAGUUGCAAUCAGUAGAAAUAACUGUGAUAUUUAUCCACACAGAUUCAUCUUAUUUUGAAUUAACAACAAUGCCUGUUACUAACCACAGAUGUGAUUAAGUAAAUAAAAAUCAAGUUGCAUUAAA